ACAGCAACUCUCAUUCGCAAUCAGUCAGCCCGACUAUAAAGACAUGAAGCUGGCCAUAAUAUUAAUUGGUAGUCUGGUGCUCCUGCUUGUGCCUGGAGUCCCUGUGGAAGGCUCUUAUGGCAAGCUUAGAUUGGCCUAUAAUCCCACCUAUGACAUUUGGUUUUUCCAGCCCAAGGGAAAACCUAAAAAUGUUAGCAAAAAAGUACAGGAAGCCUACUAUGCUGCGAAAAAGAAAGGAGGAGUUUGCUUUGCAAAUAAUAUUUGGUCGUACUGUAUAACAGGUGAAAUCAUUGAAGAAACAAAACCUUAAAUGCAAUACAAUGCUUAACGUUCUGCAGUUUUUUUUUAAUCUUUUUGUCAAUAUGAAUUUUGAACACUUCGCGCAAAUUAAAUUAGAUAUGGUAAUAAAAGCAAAGUACUUUCUUCUGACUAAUACACAAAUAUACCCUGUACGCAGUCAUUGAAAAUUGAGCAGAAAUAAAGAACAUAUUUUUGAUGAA